AUGGCAGACCACGCGGAGCCUGCAAACGGGAAGAAAGGCGCUCCUGUCCCUAUAAACACGUCUCCACUACAAUCCCUCAGCAAUUCCGUCUCUUCAUUGAGCCGCUCGCCCCCAGCAGCCCUCAAAAUGGCCUCUAGUCCUGGCCCGCAUUCAUCCCACCGCUCGAGCUUCGCAGAGCACAUGCGCGGGGCACCUACCUCUCCACGCGCGUCACGACAGCCAUCCCUCACGCAACAAGCAUUGCAGGAUCUACUCAACAACCCGCCAACCAAAGGCGGUGAUCCCAAAUUCCAUGGGCGUGACUGGAAGACGGUUACCCUAGGGGAGAUUGUUGACCCAAGUCUGGUGAGGUUUGCCGAGUACGACACUAGCGUUGAGGAUGCUACAAGUCUACUGGUCAAACACGGCGCCCCCAAUGUCAUCCUGCUCCGCGAAGAUGCGAACACGCGCCACGCGACCGGAACCUUUGAUUACAGCGACCUGAACGCAUACCUGCUCCUCGUAGUCGGCCUUGCACAUCCAGACCAAGAAGACACAGCAUCCUUUGACGAGCUUGCAAGGAAGGGGCGAGAAGGGAAGCCCAUCCCACUCCGAGACGUGAAAGAGGUUGGCAACAAAAAGGAGCCUCUGAUCACGCUUCCUGACACGGCAGACCUCAAAAAGGCCAUAGAGGUGUUUGGUAGUGGCGUGCACAGAGUAUUAGUCGCGGAAGACGGCACGACCAAUGUCAUUGGAGUGCUCACACAGUUGAGAUUGGUCAAGUUCUUCUGGGAGAACCAACAGAGCUUCCCGGCUGUGAAUCAGUUGUACCCGCAACUAAUCAAAGAUUUGAGCCUUGGGUCGAACAACGUCUUGGCCAUCAACGGUGACGCGCCUUUGGCUUCGGCGCUGGAGCUUAUGAAUAACGAAGGCAUAUCAUCCCUCCCAGUUCUUGAUACUUACAACAAUGUCAUUGGCAACAUCUCACAUGUUGACGUUAGGCUCCUUACGAAAUCAACAUCGCUGCCACUGCUCCGCUCGUCUUGUAUCCACUUCAUAACCGUCAUCCUUUCCGAACGCGGCGUGACCGACGGAAAAGAUUCCUUCCCUGUCUUUCACGUCAAUCCCUAUAGUACGCUCGCCCACACCGUGGCCAAAUUAGUAGCAACCCGCUCCCACCGCAUGUGGAUCGUCGACACGCCCUCGCCCGCCUCCUCGGGUCCAUCAACACCCGCACUCACACCCUCUGUCCUCGUUCCCCCUUCACCAAUCACGCCUUUACCUGCUCUGGUAUCUGGCCCCAUGCCCAUCAACUCUAUAGCACCCACGCACCUCGCUAGUACCGGCGCCAUAGCACCCGCCAUAUCCGCAUCAGCCAUCCCCGGAGCAAGCUUGUCUGGUAGACUCAGCGGUGUCAUUAGCCUCACGGAUAUCUUGAACUUGUUCGCAAAGAUAAGUGGUCUGCAUCCUCAUGAUCCUGACGAAGCGAGGCGUGCUAGGCGUAGGUCGAGCUCGAGCAGUAUGAGGCGGAGCAUGGACAGCUCGCGGAGCGAGAGCGUCAGCGGAAUUGCAGGACGACGGGGAAGCGUGAGUGAGAGGGAGAAGAACCUGCAAGGACUAGGAGUCUCGAGAGGACGCGGAAAUGCUUGA